CGAGGGACAAACGUCGGGCUCACGCGCGUGCGUACUUCUUCAUUUAUUUUGGGUCCUCAUUUUUUACGACGAUGACCAACCUCAUACAGAAUACGCUGCACACGGGUCUACUGCUCGGGGACAGUUUGUGUUAUGAACAGCUACUGGAAGAGACCAGCAUGAGUAGAGUUCUCCUCAACCACUACAAGGCGUCGGCAGAGCUGGACAGAGAAGACGAAGAAGGAAGAAUCUGUGGCGAAAUGGCGGUGGAAGAGGAGCUGGAACAGUUCGGAUUCGGAAGGCCGGCUACCAGACAGUUCAGGGCAGGUGAUCAUCUCGCCGGUACCGGCGGCGGCGGGGGACGGUUCACGGAGCUGGACCCCGCCCGCAGUCCUCUCCACCACUCUGCCUCCUCCCCGUCCUCUUCCUCCGAGUGUUACACCUCCCCCGAGCUCCCCGACCGGUCUCCGUCCGGCUCCGUCUCCACUGAGUCCCUCUGCAGUCCUCAACUGAGAACCUCUUCACCAGCCGCCUCGCCCGCUGCCACGGCGUCAGCUAAAACCGAGCCAUCUGAGAACACAACCUCGACGAAAUCUCAAUCCUCUAGCACGUCUCUGGUGAAGCUGAACCCCUCAAAGAGUCGCUCUGUGUCCUCUUCACGGGCGGCAGAGCGGUGGAGAAGGCGGAGAGAGAGCGCCAACUACCGCGAGAGGCGGCGCAUGCAGCGGUUGAACGAGGCGUUUGAUCUGCUGAGGGAGCACCUUCCUUCGGGAUCUGACUGCCCCCUGUCCAAACAUGAGACUCUCCAGAUGGCGAUCACCUAUAUACUCGCUCUCCAAGAACAGUUGGAGCCGGAAGAGUGAAGAUGCUGAAGAGAUAGAGGGAGAAGUUGCUGGAUUUGAAGGAACUCAGUCUAGUCAGGGUGAGGUUGGAAUCGAUCUCCCCACCGGGUGAAGGCGUUGUGUGCCAUGAAUGUAGCGUGUGCCAUGCAUGAGUGCCAUUGUGGGUGAUAUGUUUGAGUGUCAUGUGUGAGUGCCAUGCGAGUGUCACUGAGGGACCAUGGGUGACAUGUAGCUCAUCUGAGGUGUAAGAGUUCCGCGGUGUGCCAAGAGCUAAGUGGAAGCUCUACUUCCAUUGAUGGAUGCCGAUAGUUUCACAUGACACACAUCAAUGUUGAAUGACAGACAUGGCUUCUCCAUUCUGUGUUAGUGUCAUUGCCAUGGGCCUCCUCCAAGGGACACAACGCCUAUGUGUAGUAAGUCAUGUGAACAUGACUUUUAUGGUUACCUGUCAAGGAGCUCAAUGCCGGGGCUUGACUCACUGUGUGCGCUGAGUGACUGCCAUGAUUUCAGUCGUGUUUUGCAUCGUCCCAUAGUUUCAUUGCUGAUUUCAGGGGCUACUAAAACGCUUUUUGGAAGAAACGAUCAGUAUUUGUAUUGCCAGUAUUGGCAUUUGUGCCUUCCUGAUAGUGACUGUACCUUUUUAUAGUGUUUUACGUGACGUAGUAAGUGCUUUUAAGUUUUAACGGUUAACUAGUGGUAGAAAUUUGCCAUGUGAUCCCUGUCUUGGGAUUUGCCAGGGAUAGAAAUUUGCAUAAAAUGUGCGAUUCUGGUAUUAUACGAGAGCGGGUUCUACGGGGAUUGUGUUGAUAGAUCUGCUGUAGCGUGCUGUGGAUGUGCCCUAGAUCGAAAUGUUUAUAUGGGCUGUGAAAAAUAGUGCAACCAAGUUUUUA